AGUUCUCCAAAGGAACUAUAAGCCACAGAAAUAAAAAUAAAAAUAAAGAGAAGAAAAUACGAAAGCACGUCUUCUUCUCUUCUUCUUCAAGAAUCAACAAGAAAGAGAGAGAUUCAUACCAAUCCUUUCCGCGAAGAAUCUAGCUCCUUGUCUCUUUUUCAAUCAUCUCAGCUGUUCAAUCUUUAAUCAACGCUUGAUUCCAUUCCAGGUUCUUCGUUAUCCUUUCGUCCCUGUAUAUACAAACCUCUAAUUAGGAUUUUAUUGGUCAAAAAUCAAAAUCGUUGGCCGGUAUAUACUUUGUUCUACUAUCUGGGUUUCGGUUUGCUUUACUUUUCCUUGAAAGUUGGGGCUUUUGAUUGGCGGGGUUUUCUGGGUUAUACCUGGUUUGGCUUGAAAGGGAUACUUAUGGUGGUUUCUUGGUGAUAAAGUUGGGGGUUUGUGGUAAGAAUACUGGUUUUGUUCUUCAUCUUUCAUCGGUUCUUGUUUGGAAUUUGGUGUAUGUAUAUUGAGUUUGAUUAUCUCUUGCGAUUGGGCUUUUAGAUAUUAAUAUAGGCCAAAUUGGGCUGGUUGUGUUCCACAACUCCAAGAGACAGGAUAGAGAAAAUUGAAUUAGUUGUAAGUUGAAUUUCUAGUUGCUGUUGUCACGUUUAAACAUGUUGGGCUCAAUUGCCACGACAUUACUUAUUGGGUAUGGGCCACUGUGUGGUGGGAUUCCUUCUAGGAAUGCGACUUGCAAGAAGAAAUCUUUGGAUAGUUGUGGGUUCCUUUUAACAGAAUUAAUAGGCAGAAAAAUUGUUUCUCCUCUGCAUUCUGUACCUAGACUGAAAGUCAAGGUAGUGAAUGCUCUUAGAGUCAAGGCUCUUGCUACGGAGCUGACAAAGGAAGCCUAUUCAUCUAGAGAGGAAGAUCAAAUACGCCAAAGUUGGAACUACCAGAUUGACACUGAUGCGGGUGUUGAUCGAAAACCAGGGUUGUGGCCAACAGAGAACAAAGCAGAUGACCCAUCAUUACAUAAUCCAUUGCUUCGACAAGAAAGGAUGGGUUGUGGUUGGUUAGGUGCCAUAUUUGAAUGGGAAGGAGUUAUUGUUGAAGAAAAUCCUGAUCUUGAGAAGCAAGCAUGGCUGGCUCUUUCCCAAGAAGAAGGAAAAUCCUCUCCUCCCACUUUCAUUUUGAAACGAAUAGAGGGCAUGAAGAACGAGCAGGCAAUUUCUGAAGUUCUUUGCUGGUCAAGAGACCCAGUGCAGGUGAGAAAAAUGGCUGCUCGGAAGGAAGAAAUUUAUCAAGCUUUGCAAGGUGGAAUAUACAGUCUACGAACUGGGUCUCAGGAGUUUGUGAAUGUUCUGAUGCAUUACAAAAUACCAAUGGCGCUAGUUUCUACUCGCCCUCGAAAGACUCUUGAAACUGCAAUUGGGUCGAUUGGAAUUGAAGAGUACUUCAGUGCAAUUGUUGCAGCAGAGGAUGUUCAUAGGGGAAAGCCUGAUCCAGAGAUGUUUAGUUAUGCAGCGCAGCUUCUAAAAUUUAUACCUGAACGCUGUAUUGUGUUUGGGAACUCUAAUCAAACAGUGGAGGCUGCCCAUGAUGCGCGUAUGAAAUGCGUAGCUGUUGCUAGCAAGCAUCCUGUGUAUGAGCUUGGGGCGGCAGACCUGGUGGUCAGGCGUUUAAAUGAGCUUUCUGUGGUUGAUCUGAAGAACCUUGCUGACAUCGAAACAACUGAAUUUGGGUCUGGAGAGCCAGAGUUGGAGCUAGAGGAGGAGGAAGAUAACCCAUCAAUCGCUGUGGGAGUUGAUGACAAUUUCUGGUGACGAUCACAAUCUGUACAGUCUUACUUGUGCUUCAUCAAAUUCUUUGUGAUAAUAAUCUGUAUUGGCUUUCGUAGUAUUAUUGUGAGCCAUUUGAUCCCUGCUUUGUACAACAUGAAAAGAAGAAGAAGGGAGGGGUAGAUUUUAUAGAGAAGGAAAAGGCCAGUCCACAUUGGACUGUGAUGGACCUGAUGGUGUUAUCAUGUAUGUAAAUGUGUAAAUACAGAUAAAUGAAUAUCCGAGUACCCAUUUGGUGUUGCUUUUCUUGCAUAAA